UGAGUUCCGAGUCCACAAAAUCAUCCUCUCUCUCGCAUCUUCAUUCUUCAGUGACAUGUUCAAAUUGCCUCAAGCGGACUCCCAAAGUGAAUUACCAUCUGUUACGAUGACGGAAGAUGCAAGGACUCUGGAACUCUUGCUCAAGAUUGUGUACCCGAUCGAAGCUGGCCCGAAGGAAAUCGACCUUGAGCUGGCAAUGAAUGCUUAUCGUGCUGCCGAAAAGUUCCAGUUUCACAAAGUUUCAUCAACAAUCCAUAAUCAGUUACAAUCUAUCCUAAAGACGGUUGAGAACCCGUUAGAGGCAUGGGCGAUUGCUGUACAGCUGAACUUUCCCCAGGCUUCCAGAGACGCAGAGCUUCGGUUCAUCAGCAUGUAUACGAGGAAGUGCUUCCAUCCCUUGCCGAAACAUCUGAACAUGGUUCCCGUAGAGAAAUUCGCGUUGCUGAUCGACAAGAAGGAGUAUAUCAUUGAACAGGCAAGACGCAAAUUAAAGCGUGCUCUGACGUUCGAGACAAGCCACAGGCCCCCCUGUCAAUGUGAUCCUUGUCCGCUCUGCAACUCCUUCGCACACAUCUUUGUCUCUAUGACCGCCAAGUUUAACCCAUUCAAUCCUAGGUGCACUUCUACAUCCACACUCCAAAAAUGCUUCCAGCAAGCCACAGCACAUCACUCGUGCCGCAGGUGGGCACGGCCUCCUAAUCAAUCUGAUCAGGAGAUGCUGGAAUUGGUGCUUACGAAGGUGUUGUUGUCAGCAGAGCCUAAAUAGAUCUGUAACCUCUCGUAUGGCGCAUGCGAUGAACUGAGACACCCGAGACAGGAGGUUGUCUGUUUUAGUGAUGCAGUAGUGGCUCAAAUACAUGCAUAAAAGUCGUCGCCUUGGAUGUAUAUAUUUGCAGUUGGUUAGCGCGUGAUGGUCGGUUUCUUUCAUCUUAGGAGAAGCGUUGCGUCUGGAGUUGUCAUGAAAUUGGGUUAUACAGGAUAUCAGUGAGUCAAAUCGGGAUAACUGAUUCCAUGUCGCAAAUAUUUCGAGA